AUACAGCACACACUUGUCUUCAGUUUCCAGUUGAAGUCAGUCUAAAGCUCACCAGUUCCCAUCUCCAAGAUGACUCUGAGCAGCAGCGAGAGAUCCGCAAUUGUUUCCCUUUGGGGCAAGAUUGCUCCUAAUGCCAGCGCCCUGGGAGCUGAGGCUUUGGAGAGACUUUUCCUGAGCUUCCCUCAGACCAAGACAUACUUCAGCCAUUUUGACCUGAGCCAUGGCUCUGCUGACCUCCUCAACCACGGAGGAAAAGUUGUGAAUGCCCUGGGAGAGGCCGCCAAGCACAUUGACAGCCUUUCAGGCUCCCUGUCAACCCUCAGUGACCUGCAUGCCUACAACCUGAGAGUGGAUCCAGGAAACUUCAAGUUGCUGUCUCAAACUAUCCAAGUGACUCUGGCUGCUCACUUCCCUGAAGACUUCACACCCUCAGUCCAGGCUGCCUGGGACAAAUUCAUUGCUGAAGUAGCCGCUGUCUUGACCUCCAAGUACAGAUAAAUACACCAAGACAACAAGAAUGCAUCUGUAAUUACACCACCUUAUGGGAUGUUUACUGGAAACUUUGCGCACAAGUUUGUCAUUAUACUAAGGGGAAAUUAAAGAUCACAUUCUAAAUGUAACAUUAUGAGAAGGUUUCAAUUGUUGUCACAAUGUAAUAUGAUUUUCCAUGUGAUAAUUAAAAUGUUACUUACAUCCCUACAA